UGAACUCAGAACGGAGCGGAGCGGGCGGAGGAGAGGAAGACGAAGUGGGAGGAAAGCAUGGAGCGGACGAUCGAGUGCCUUCGUCAUCUUGUGCAGAUAUAUUGUAAAUUGCAGUGUGGGGUGAUAAAAUUAUGUUGAAUUUGAUGAAGUGAACAAUAUUAUUGGUGAUGUUGGCCUUAGGCUUGUCGUUAUUUCGUAAAAAAACUGUGAAAGAUCACACACUCACUGUAGCAAUCCGUCAAAAAUCGAGAAAGCUUCAAACGUGUUUGAAGCUUUCGUUUUCGCAUUAAUGGAACUAUGAACCUGGACCCUUUAACGUUUAGCUUAUCGCAAAUCAAUUAUCUCGUUAUAAAUUUAAAUAAGAAGAACUUUAAGCAGACCAAUCAGGAGCUGUCUCAGAUUGUCAGCCUUUAUGGACUGGAAGCAGAGAACCAACUCCUGAGGUGCCUGUUCACCGAAGCGGCGAAGACUUCGUGGGACACUGACCGACAAGGACCAUCGUCGAAUAAUAAUAGCCUUCACGCCUCGCUCCUGUCUCAACAUUUAGCAGCUCUGCUUAAUCAUCCAGCGAAAGCUACAGUACUUUGCCGCGCUGUUGACAACCCCACAAGGGCAGUACAGAAGAUAUUAAAACCGACAAAUACAUUACUCAAUCGACUUUCAAGAUUAUUGAAAUUGACCACUGCCGAAGAAGUUGCCUUUUCACUCGUGUUGAGGAAGAAUUCUUCAAAGCCCGAAAUCGUAUCAUUAGCGAAGCAACACCUCAAGAAGCGAUUCUUAGAUCUCGUACAGUGUUACUUAGACGCUGAACGCGGGCAUCAAGCGGAGCGUGCAGGUCUUCAGGAAUGCAGCCCUGAAGUUUUGCAAACUCUCCUCACGAACCUCGCGCACGAGAACUUAGCUACUGUGACCAAAGAUUUGUUUUUAUUGCGGCUGCGAGUUGACUUCCCGCGAGAAGUCGUACCUAUCGUAUUAGCCCCACUUCUAUACCCUGACGAUACACAGACCCCGCUCGAGGAAAUGACCACAGCUGACGACAUGACCGCAGCCAUGAUGGAAAAUUCACUCGCGGAGAUCAUCCGAGACAUCGGAUACUCGUUCACCUCAUCGAUCGAGGAAUGCAAGAACAACAUGCUCAACUUCGGGGCGAGGGAACCCACGGCGAUGGAUGUCGCAAAAAUGAUAUCCAUGAUGGUCAGAUACCACGCCACCGUCCCGGAUGGCCCUCAGAUACAAACACCAGGAAACUUUUGGAUGAGUCACGAGUCCAAGAAGGAUCCUACCACACACGGCCACGGCGAAACGUGGAACGCCGAAGUUUUCGUACAGACACUCAAAGAACUAGCUUCCAACCUCAACUGGAAAGAGGUGAUCUUACAACUCGAUCACCCAGAGUUCAUAGUACCCGACAGACAAGGACUGAGUUUACUCUUCACAAUAUUACGACUUGGUUUGCAAAGUGCAGGCUAUCCAGCAAACAUUUUUCCAGUAGAUUAUCUGUGCCGUCGCUGGACCAAUCUAGAAGGACAGAUGAGUUUGAUCAGCAACAUCAUCAAGCAUCCAGACAUCUUUUGCUUCGCUGACCACCCUUUCCAUCCAGUGUCGAUAGAUUUGCUGAAGUCGCCUCCCGAAAGUGACAAUAAGGAGAUCGCCACUUGGCGUUGCUUGUACUUAGUAGAACUACUCCUGUAUGCAGCAGAACGUGGAUUCUACAUGCAAGUGCAUGAGCUCUUUAAAUUUCCUCUUCAGAACUGCCCUGACAUCUUACUCAUUGUUUUAUUACAAAUACCUCCACCUGUGACAGUCUUCAGGCAAGAACUUCUCACAAUGCUUAUACCAAUUUUCUUAGGUAACCACCCUAAUUCGGGAAUCAUUCUCCACCACGCGUGGCAUACACAGAAUCCCAACAUCAAGCCUGUUAUCAUGCAUGCUAUGGCAGAAUGGUACAUACGUGGCGAAAGUGACCAGUCCAAACUCUCAAGAAUAUUAGAUGUAGCUCAAGAUUUGAAAGCGUUAUCGUUACUACUGAACGUACAGUCAUUCCCGUUCGUUAUCGACUUGGCCUGUUUGGCCUCACGACGGGAGUAUCUUAAAUUAGACAAGUGGCUGACAGACAAGAUCAGAGACCACGGAGAGACUUUUGUAUCGGCUAUGGUCAAGUUUCUUCAGAGAAGAUGCCCGCAGUUGUUAGGGAAACCUGACGAGCAGCUUCCAAAAGCAGCGCAACUGCCCAACGAGACUGUCGCCACUAUGUUGGCAUGUCUUCAGCUUUGCAUCCAAAACGUCCAACCAGAAUUGCAAGAAGCCAUCUACAACGUUAUCGCUAAUUGCCAAACGCUAUUGUUGAGUAAGCGACAAAGCAUUGCCGGUAUAACGCGUCCACACACCAGGGUCAUCGAAACACCCUUCAAUCCUGCCGGUUUAGGUGGACAAUUAUUCACUCCACAUGUUGAGUCAAUAACCAGUUUGACGACAAAUGUGGCAAAUAUGAAUUUGGCCGCUCCGGCUAAUACUACUUUUGCCAUGCCCGGAACUCUAGGUCCUUUGGUUACAACUCCCGGAUCCCCUUCGCGUCUUAUGGGUGCUGGGCCUAACAGCCCUUUUACAAUGAUGCCAUUGCAACACACGAACGUAGCCAACAUGGGCACAUUGGCCAGAAUGGCCCCGGCGCCCGCUAUGGACAAACCUCGCAUGCCAGACCCUCUUCAUUUCCCAGAGAUAAUGCACAGUGUCACCAAAGAAAUAGAAGACGAAGCAAAUGGAUAUUUUCAGCGGAUUUACAACCAUCCUCCGCACCCGACACUGUCUAUCGAUGAGGUCUUAGAGAUGCUCAAGAAGUUCCAAGAUUCGCCAAACAAACGCGAGCGCGAAGUAUUCUCAUGUAUGCUACGGAAUCUCUUUGAGGAGUACAAGUUCUUCCCACAGUAUCCGGAUAAAGAGUUGCAUAUCACGGCUCAACUGUUCGGAGGCAUCAUUGAGAAAGGAUUAGUCCCGACGUACGUGUCGCUGGGGCUCGCCCUGCGAUUCGUGCUCGACGCUCUUCGAAAACCAGAAGGAUCGAAAAUGUAUUAUUUUGGAAUCGCCGCUUUAGACAGAUUCAAGUCGCGUUUGAAGGACUAUCACAAGUAUUGUGAACACGUGAGGGCGAUUCCACAUUUCAGCGAGUUCCCACCGCAUCUAAUCGAGUACAUCGAGUAUGGCUUGCAAAAUCAAGAGCCACCCACCAAACCGCAAGGACCCGUGCUGCCUAGCAGUUUGGCGGCCGUGUUAAACCAGAGUGCUGUUGUCACCGUGUCAGCGCCCUACAGGGCCGUCGUAUGUGCGCAUUCGUCCAUAUCUGCAAUAUCGAAAGUUACGAACGCCGCUGGAGGCAUGGGUAGUCGGCCUUCUAUUGCGAAUGCCACCAACAUCGACACCCUACUGACUGCUACAGACAGGGAAGAAAAGAUUAGUUCCCCUCCAGAGGCCAUUCAAGAUAAAACAGCUUUCAUUUUUAAUAACCUCAGUCAGUUAAACCUCCAAACUAAAUGUGAAGAGCUCAAGGAAAUAAUCACAGAAGAAUACUACCCAUGGCUAUCACAAUAUCUUGUCAUGAAGAGAGCAUCCAUCGAACUGAAUUUCCAUGCUCUGUAUUCCAAUUUCCUUGAUGUUCUUAAAAUACGCGAAAUAAACAAGAUGGUCACAAAAGAAACGUACCGCAACAUCAAGGUGUUGCUGCGGUCAGACAAAGGCAUUGCAAAUUUUUCUGAUCGUUCUCUAUUGAAGAAUCUUGGCCAUUGGCUCGGUAUGUUGACUCUUGCUCGCAACUUACCAAUCUUACAUGUUGACAUCGAUCUCAAAGCCUUGGUGCUCGAAGCUUAUCACAAGGGACAACAGGAACUCCUUUACGUGGUUCCCUUCGUCGCUAAAGUAUUGGAAUCGUGUGCCAAGAGCGUAGUUUUUAAGCCUCCCAAUCCAUGGACUAUGGCGCUCAUGAACGUGCUAGCAGAGUUGCAUCAAGAACCUGACCUAAAGCUGAACUUGAAGUUUGAAAUUGAAGUGUUGUGCAAAAAUCUCAGCCUAGACAUUUCUGAUCUGAAACCUGCGAUUUACUUGAAAGAUCCGGAGAAAGUGCGUUUGAUCGAGUUUCAGCUGUCGCAGCCGAAACAGAAUAAGGAAGCGGCAAGUACGAUGCCGGUCAAUCAAACCGCGUUAGUGCAAACCCCUCAAAUUCAGUAUAUGCCUCCGCAACCUGCGGCACUGCCGACGGAAGAGAUGGCCGCCACGGCACCUACUCCGACCGGAGGCCUCGUCUCCAAUGACCCAAACUUGAUGGGAGUGCUCGGGCUACCUGAGCCUCGUUUUAGUUACCUCGAUGUUAAUGUGUCCUCGACAUCUGCAUUUGGCCAGAAGAUAUGCUUCAAUCCUCACAUUAUCUUAUUCCAAAACUACCCGCAUUUGAAACAAUUUGUAAAGCCCGCCAUCGAAAGAUCAAUCCAGGAAUGGAUCCAUCCUGUUGUGGAUAGAUCAAUUAAAUACGCCUUGACGACUUGCGAGCAAAUAAUUAGGAAGGAUUUCGCUCUAGAUCCUGAUGAGGUUAGAAUGCGGACAUGCGCACAUCACAUGACUAGAAAUUUGACAGCAGGCAUGGCCAUGAUAACCUGCCGGGAGCAGAUCAUAAGUACAAUAAGUACGAACCUGAAGACGGCUUUCAUUACAGCUCUAUUGCCAUCGACCCCACAACAGGAAAUCGUUGAAAGCGCCGCAGCGGUUCUCGCGACCGAAAACAUGGAGCUAGCGUGCGCUUUCAUACAAAAAACUGCUGUCGAGAAAGCGUUACCCGAACUCGACAAGCGACUUAUGAACGACUAUGAAUUGAGAAAACUCGCACGACAAGAGGGCAGACGGUACUUCGACCCCGUUGUGCUAACCUACCAGACAGAAAGGAUUCCCGAACGCGUGAGACAACGCGUCAGCGGUCCUACUGAUAUGCAAAUCGCUGUUUACGAAGAAUUCGCCUGCAAUAUCCCGGGAUUUAUGCCCGUACGCGACGCUGGGAUGUUCAUCCCUAAACAAACCACACAAGAUCAACUCUCCCAGAUGACGUUCAGCCAAGUUAUGAAUCCUACUCAGGUGUAUGGGGCAGAUGAAAUGACAGCUCUCAUAAAUGCGGCAGAAAUGUUUCUAGCCAACUCUGUGGGGGUUGCCACACUUUCGGUGCAAGCUGCAAAUAUGCAUUCGCUUUUGGAAUGUUUGUUCCUAGCAAGGAGGAACAGGGACAUUGUUUCUGGAUGCACACUUCUACAGAAGGCUGUUGAAGGACUAUUGGAUGGGCACAUCGUUCAACCAGGAGCCAGCAGCGACCAUGUUGAAAUGAUGACUCGCUACCGAGACAUCCAUCUUAGGGUUCUGAAGUUGCUCGAAGAUGCCCGUGUUUAUGGCCACUUGUGGACCACGAAACAGAUUACAUGCUGUCUCACAGAAUGCAGGGAAGACCUCAGAUACAACAUCGAGGCUAUUGAUUGCCUCAUAAGGAACCAUCUCAUCAAUCUGCACCAGUACGACAUCGCUCUUGCACACAUGAUGGAAACUGGGAACAACUACAUGGCAGUAGCGUUCGCUAUGCAACUCGUGCAGCUUUACCUAGUUGACGACAGGAAUAACAUGUUCGUGAACGAGUCCGACCUGUAUCACACCACCGAGAUGCUGGUCAGAAUUAUGACCCAUUCGAGACAACCCCCGCCAGAAGGCCUGGGGUCCUUGAUUGAGAUGUUGAGGGUUAAUCAGGACCCCAGCGCGUACUUGGGCGAAAGGUCUCCUCUCGGACCCACGGCUCAUAUUCACUCUGGGAUCAUGUCAGUGCGGGCUCGCGACUACGACGACCCGCCCGGCCUCCAAGAGAAGACAGAAAACCUCCUACGCGAAUGGCGCAACGUGCUGCUAUCGCCACUGACAGAAAUCGACAUCGCACAAAAUUUCAAUCUCUACGUUCAUAGAAUGAAUAUGAACGGCAUUCUCAAAUCCGACGAUAUGAUCACGCGUUUCUUCAGAAUAGCCACGCAGAAGUGCAUUGAGAACGUAUACCAGCUCUUGAACGAGGACAGAGCGAACCCACCUCCCACUCCUGUGAAGAAGGAGAAGUAUUACACGAUGUGUGAUUCGUUCAUCAAACUCGUUUCGUUGCUGAUCAAAAAUACGGCCGAUAGUGGCAACCCGACCCCGAAACUCAACCUGUUGAAUAAGAUCUUGGGCAUAAUCGCGGGCUGGCUGCUCACCGACCACGAAGACCAAGGCAGCAACUUCCAGCAGCUGCCGUACCACCGCCUACUUCUGGUGUUGUUCCUCGACAUGAACAUGGCGGAGCCAGUCCUGGAAUCUAUGAAUUAUCAGGUUCUUACAGCGUUCUGCCAUACUCUCCGCAUCAUCAGACCAAGCAAUGCUUCCGGCUUCUGUUAUGCGUGGCUCGAGUUGGUGGCUCACCGCGCUUUUAUCAAUCGAGUGCUGGCCGUGACUCCGCAGCAAAAGGUAAUCAUGGGCUGGGGAAUGUAUUCUACGCUACUAAUAGACCUGUUCAAAUAUCUUGAUCCGUUCCUACGGAAUACUGAACUGGCCGCACCAGUCAUGAUGUUGUACAAGGGCACCCUGAAGGUUCUACUUGUACUUCUUCACGAUUUCCCCGAGUUCCUUUGCGAUUACCAUUACGGAUUUUGCGAUGAGAUACCUCCGAACUGCAUUCAAAUGAGGAAUCUGAUUCUUUCGGCGUUCCCACGGAAUAUGAGGCUUCCUGAUCCGUUCACGCCGAAUUUGAAGGUGGACCUGCUGGCGGAAAUCUCGUUACCGCCGCGCGCAGUUAUCAACUAUGCGACUAUACUGCCGUCAUCCCAGUUUAAGACUGAUUUAGACGCUUAUCUGAAGGCAAGAGCCCCGGUCACCUUCUUAUCGGAGUUGAGAGGCAACAUGCAGGUGCUAAAUGAUCCCAGCCGUCGUUACAACAGCCAACUAAUGAACGCUGUUGUUUUGUACGUCGGCACGCAAGCGAUUGCUCACAUACGAUCGAAAGGGCAGACACCCAACAUGUCGACAAUAGCGCACUCGGCGCACAUGGACAUCUUUCAGAACUUCACUGUGGAUUUCGACUUCGAGGGCCGAUACUUGUUCCUGAACGCGAUCGCGAACCAGCUCCGUUACCCCAAUAGCCACACGCACUAUUUCUCUUGCUGCCUCCUCUACUUGUUCGCCGAGGCCAACUCCGAGGCGGUACAAGAGCAAAUCACGAGGAUGCUGCUAGAACGGCUCAUCGUUAACCGACCACACCCGUGGGGAUUGCUGAUCACGUUCAUUGAACUUAUAAAGAAUCCUAUUUACAAGUUCUGGACGCACGAGUUCGUCCACUGUGCGCCGGAGAUAAAGAAGUUAUUCGAGUCUGUGGCGCGCUCGUGCAUCGUUGAGAAGACGGGUGGGGGAGGGGGAGAAAGGGAAAUAGGAGAGUAGCACCGCGCCAAUUGGGAGUCUGUCCGAUACAAGCAUUUGUUCAAAUGCUUUGUCGAGAAAGGCUUCCAAACUGAGGUGCAGCCAAGUCAAGCCCCUCAGCCCUCCUACCCGGCGCAGCAACCAGCCCUCUUGGGACACUGGAGCAAACUGUUCAAGUAAAAUGCCGGUGUUAGUGCGACAAAACGGACGCUACGAUUUAGAAGAAAACCUCUCAGUGCGUACACGGUCUUUCGUUAUUAGGGCGCGCUCAGACUGGACAUAGCACUAUUAUAAAAUCGACAUGUUUCAAUUUACAGAUACUCAGUGAUCCCCCUUAAAAUCCAAAUCAGUGUUUUCUGUUUCUUUGGACUCGUUUUCUAGUGUAAUAAUGUUGUAUUGUGUUUCCACGACAAAGAAACGAUUUGAAUAUAACUUUUUGACCCAUUCAUUAGACGAUAGUAGUAGCAAUGACUAUAAUAAUUAAAUGUAAUUAAUUUAUAAUUUUAUUUUAAUAAUAUAAAUUAUAAAUAUUCGCCAAUUUUAAAUCUCCAAUGUUAUUUUGCACGUAACCUUCGAAUCGGUUCUUUGUCUGUCAAAGUUGUAUUAUCUAUAUAGAUUCCAAAAGAAACUGUCUUUUCUACUCCCAAAAUGUCUUCGCGUUACAUAUAUAGGCUUAACUUACUUUUGAAUGUGAUAAAUAUAAACAUAGCAAUAUCGUAUGUAGUAUAUAACAUAAUGCAACAUUUUCUGUCCAUUAUUAUCUGUAUACUCAUCAAUAAUUCUCAAUUCUAUGUAGAUGUGUGUUAUGGGGGACGCUCCCAGUGUUCAGUGCGUGAAAGAAAUUAUCUGAUUCUCGAAAUAAGUUUUAUGAUAUACAUCAUCUCGGUUCUGCUGUUAAUUUCGAGAAUUUGAUUGUUUGCGAAACGCUCUGUGCAAGUCUCGUGUAACCUCUGAACUUCUCCCAAAUGUAUAAUAUUUCAAUUAAUGUUACUAGUUGUCCCAGAACAUAAUAAAUAUUAAUAUGUUAAUCGCAGCCCUUUUUGUGGAUAUCGUCACGGGUAUCGCGUUUUAAUACUCAUUUUUAGUAAGCUGUUACUACACUAUCACCCGAUAAUGUUAUUCAUAAUACGAAAACCUAACAAUAUUAAUAUUUUACAUCGGUACCAAUUUCAAAGACCCAGUAAGUUUAUUUAUUGAUCUUUUACAAGUCUUAUACCUAUAUAUGUCUGUAGUAGAUUCAUUUUUUUACAAUUAACCUGUUAUGUAAACGGUGUCCACAAAAUAUGGCUAUAUGAGCUAUUUCCUUGACUUGUGCCCGGACGAUAAAUAUUAAGCUUUCCACCGGCUUGCACUUUGAACAGUUAAGUUACAUUGUAAGAUCUCUCGGUUAGCCUGUAAGGUUUAUAUAAGGCAAUUAGCCAUAUGAUAGUGUUGACAAGCAAAAUGUUGAGCCAGACUGCUGCAUUCGUUUUUGUAAAACACAAACUGUAAGUGAGCUCGAUGACAAUAAAAGCUAAAAUCAUAGUGUCGCAUUUACAUAUAAAAUUUAUGAAUUAGUCCUAAACACUCGAUCAGUCUUCUAUUUUUACUUCACAAUAGUGGGUCCUAAGACUGGUCAAGAACGUAAAAAUCGCAUUUAUUCUAAGAAUCUAUGGGGCUACCACUUACAUACUGCAAGAAGAUUGCCUUAUGUAAAUGACAGGUCCAUAGAAUUUACCGUGAUCGGAAUGUUGUUGUUUAUUCCCGAUAAACCAACAGAAUGCACACUCUGGUUUAAUGUUUCAAACACAAUGCUCUCAAUGGCUUCAUAGUUUCGUAUUUUUACGCCAGUUCAAUUCGUUGGGAAAAGCUGCAUUAAAUCCCACGUUAUCGAACUGGUAUAAAAACGCGUUACUCCAACUGCCAUUUCCUCGUGGUACAAUAAUAUAAAGUGUAGAUGAAGGUAAAAAUAUUGUAUAUGAUAUUGUAAAUUUGCUUGUUUGGAUGAUGUUUUGACACGACAACGUCGAUCGGAAAGAUGUAACGUAAAUUCCAAAUUGGGUUGCACUUUGGGCACGGAACUAUUCCUCAUACACUUUCCUAACUAUAUAGAAAUCGCGCGGCCGACGUUUCGUGGUUAUUCUACACACCUAUAUUAUUGUACCAUGCUUUUACAGAUGUUAAUACAAAAUUGACUGAUUAAAGUAACCCACAUGGAGGGACUAAAGGUGCGUGCACAUCAGUUCUCUUAGUAAUAAUAUUAGCGCCAAUAAAAUGGCGAAUUAAUCAAUGAUGAUUUAUGGUAAUUAAUAAUUAUUGUAUUGAAUUCAAUACAAUUCAUAUUGAAGUAAUAAUGUAAUGUUUAAGUUUUGAAUUACAAUGCAAAUAAUGCCCUUGUAAAGUUUUCUAGAUGUGAUUUUCGAAUGUAAUUUUAGGAUGUUAGUUAUAAUGUUUAUGCUACAAAUUUGUCAUUAAGCGUGUAAUCCCAUUUUUUAUUAACAAUUGUAAUAAAAUAUUUUUCAAUUAAU